AUCUUGGGUAUGAUAGCUCCAGUGGUCUAUAUUUAGAGUACAUGUAAAUAGUCACAUGAGAGGUUAAAUACGAGGAUUAAACACCGAGAGGAUAGAUAAUUAUAAAAUGAGUAGAAAACUCGAUGGUAUUACAUUCUGUGUGUUUUAUGUGUUUCUACAGUUGGGUGUACAAGUCAAUGGUUACCAAAAUUACACAUUUGGAGAUGAUUGCGGAAACAACACAAGGGAGGUGACUCCUGAUGAACCGAUGUCUGUAUUUUACAGAGGGAGCAGUGACAUAGUCUGUAAUGGGAUGACCUUUGAAUGUGAAGAACCAUGUAAAGUGUGCAUUUCUGUAAAACACUUUCAUGAUCCUGAAUGCGCUAUUAGACUUCAGUUUCAAAAGUCUUGGUUAGGGGCAACCAAACAUACUAUUACUUGCAAAGAGAAAAAGGAAGAGAAAUUCUGCCUGUCAUCUUCAAUCUUCAUCUAUUUAAAUACUUUGAACGGCAGAUCGACAGACAAUGCCACGUUUGACCUUCUGUUAACCUCAGAAAAAGACGAAACAAAUUGGGCAGUGAUUGGUGCCGUGAUAGGAGGCGUGGUCGGAGGGUUUAUUUUGGUUACAGUUAUUAUUGGCAUCAUUGUCCGAAAGGCAUGUAAAUUACGAACAUCAGAAGGCCAUAUUUACAGUAAAGGUACAGUCCCAAUUAACAAGAAGUCUUUUCCUUGGUAUUCCAACAAUGGAAACUCUCAACUUCCAACCGGAGGUUACGAGAAUUAAUCUCCUUUUAGAAGCUAUCAAACACACCCUGUAUAAAGAAGGUUAAUCCCAUGCAGAAAUUGGAGAUUCAAUGAAGACGUGAAAUGAGUAUACGAUUAAUAUAUUUGAGUUUCAGAGAAGAUUUAAUAUUUGUUCGUGCUAGUAAAUAUAUUAUUAUUCAAAUGAGACCAACUUAAGAAAUCAAUGUGUUAAUUGUUUUUCACAUAUUUGAAGUUCAUCUUUGCACACAUGUGAAUUGUCUUGAAUUACUACGAACACUACCGAUUUCCAUCGACAUUUUCUGAUUCAUAUAGCUCAGAGGAUGUGCUAUUAUUCCUAUACGAUUGAAAAUUAUCAGUUUAUUUUUGCAAAACUAUAUACACAAGAAGAAAAGUACAUUUUGACAAGAUUUUUAAAUAAAUCCAAUACAAAAGAGGAUUAUAAGAUCCAACAACAUACUAUAUGUAUAAGAUAAGCAUUGUUUCCAGCGAUUUUUGUUUGAAUCUUUAUUGUAAUCUUGUGACAUAUAACUCAUCACAUAAUGCUUGUAAAUAAUUAUUAUGAUAAAUAAACUGAACCAAGUUUAUGGUAGACUAAAUAAGAGGAAAGUUUUGUUUAUAUUAUGAUUGAUUGUACUUGUAUUAUCAUUAAAAUGAUAGAAUCUUGAAAAUAUUCAUUCUAAUAUUCAUGCUGCUUAAUGUUUAAGGCUUUAUGAAAUAAAGUUGAUCUUAUUUUUUCUAGAGAGUUACCUACCUAUUGUCUAGAGCGUGACAUUUUUUCUAAUAUUUUCAUCCUUCGUGUAACGAAUAAUAAUAAAAAAAAAUGUCAUGUUUUUUUAUUGUUAUUCUACCAUUUUUAAUAAAAUGUUUACAUGUACCGU